AUGCGUUCCGCAGCUGCCGACCCUCUGCUUGAGUCCCGAAGCCUUGCCAUUAUUAGUCUUGGGCUAGCCACCUACAUUGAGCUAUUUCAUUUAAUGAACCGCCGGCCCUCGUCAAAUGAUUACAAUGAUUGCCAUAGUGCUUAUGCUUCUGCUUCAACAAUUUCAAAGGUGACUGCCGACGCACAUAUAACCAACAUUUCAAAGGGCACUCUCGAAACUUCUACAAUCACCACAUCUGAUUUCACGUCUCCUGUCUCCAAAAAUAGUCAAUCUACAGGCCCCAUAUAUUCGGAUGUUCCGCUUGAUUCCGAUGCGCGAGCAGUUCCUCAGUCGAUUGAUCUGUUAUCCAACUCUCUGAUUCUUCUUCUCGCCUGUGUUCGUAGCACUCAAUCACAACUUGGCCAUCUGGCUGUGAUUCAACUACGCAUGCUGGCCGAGAUGGCCGGCCUGCUUGUAAAGGUCACUCCACAGUUGCCCCUGCUUGUUCUUCAGGCAAGUUUCAUUCCUACCUUUAUUCAACCAUAG